GGAGAGCGGAAGAUAGGAGGAGGGGAAUGACUACACCAAGAGAGUAGGAGGAGGGAGGGUGGACAAUUUCCUUUCUGUAACGCACACGCUACAAGAUCACACCGGGAAAACGGAGAAGGGAAAGAAAAAUAAUAGGCGAGAGGGAGACGGAAACACCGCAGCCCCUCAGUAGUUGUUGUUCUUUGCGGGAGAGAAACCGUCUUUUCCUUUAACGCAGACUUGCGGACUAACAUGGGGGGAAGCGAGAGCUCCUGACGAGCAUUGACUUUCAGUGAACCUCUGCUCUGUGGUAGAAGUCUGCGGCUAAUAUAGUCAGGGAGGAGGGGGGAAAAAAGGCGACAGGGAGGACAUGUUGAGGGGUUUUUCGUCUUGAGGUUGCGGUAGGAUGUUGUGCUUUUAAAGCGUGGCUCUUGUAGAGAAGAAAAUCAAAAAGGCCAAUGGAAAUUGGGCGGUAGGAUAUGCUCAGGGGCAUUGUUUUUUUUAUCGGUGUUUGUUUAAUUGGCUUGUUGUGAUCUGAAAUAACGUAGGCCUCAUAGGCAGCCCCGCAGUAAAUAAAUACGAGGCUACAUAGCUGGAAAUUAACCUGAUAAACGUGCUUAUAUAUCAGGGGGACAUUUUUAAUUGGAGCGGCUGUGUUUUGUAUUAAGGUAAAAUUGUUAUUUAUUAGCUGUUUGUUUUUAAAAACAAAACGCGGUGUUUAGAUUAAAUUUCUUAAACAUUUCCAGAUACAUCAACUCUUAAGGGGGCGUCAUACAAAGGCCCGGUAGAAAAACAGUAAAGGCUACUAAGCAGCAUUACACACAGUUGUAGGUAAGUCUAUUUCCCCCAGUUUAGCUGAAAACAGGGGACAGAAGAAGAUUUUUAAAUGUUAAUGUCGACCGACGUUGCAUCCAUCAUGCUGCCUGUGUCCCGGGGUCUCAUGGACCGGGAUAGAGAGCUGGACACCAUGGCCGGGGUGCACCCCAACGCGGGCGGCGCUCCUGCAGUUGUCCGGGGCAUGAAGCGCGGAGACCCGGAGCCCGAUGGACAGACGGCGGCGGCUCUGUUGGACUCUGCUGGGGCGGAGUGCAAGCGUCCCCGGAUCGACGGCACGGGAGGGAUCGGCGAGGUUGGUCAGAACAAUGACCCUUUGACCCUUGGUUACCAUGGCUACCCAUCUCAUAGUCAGGGCUCUCAGGAUAGUGCUGGCGGUCAGGAGGGACUCGUACCACCACCUUUCUCAGCAUUCCCUCCACCUCCACCUCCGCCCCCCCAGAACGGCCUGGCCCUGGAUUACGGGGGCAGCCUGUAUGCAGCGGGGGCCGUCCAGGGCCCCGUGGAAGCCAGUGUAGCAGCAAACAGCGCCGCCAACGCUGCCAACAGCCUCAGUGUUCAACAGUCAGAUGUGUCCUCUCAGAUCGAUGGUCAGUCAGGGGUUGGGUCGGGAGUAGGAGGUGGCGGAGGGUCUGCUGGGGUUGAUGCGGAUGACAAGGGAACCCCUAAACGCCUCCACGUGUCCAACAUACCCUUCCGCUUCCGAGACCCUGACCUACGGCAGAUGUUUGGGCAAUUUGGCAAAAUCCUUGACGUCGAGAUCAUAUUCAAUGAGAGGGGAUCCAAGGGCUUUGGUUUUGUAACAUUCGAGACGAGUGCAGAUGCAGAGAGGGCCAGAGAGAAGCUUCAUGGUACGCUGGUGGAAGGACGUAAAAUCGAGGUCAAUAACGCCACAGCCAGAGUCAUGACCAACAAGAAGAUGACCACACCUUACUCUAACGGAGAGGCCCUCGCAACUCUGCCAUACGCUGGAUGGAAGUUGAGUCCCAUGGUUGGAGCCAUGUACAGCCCUGAACUCUACACAGUACCGGGGUUUCCAUACCAAGCAGCAGCAGCAGCUGCCUCCACCGCUGCGACCUUUCGAGGCGCUCAUCUCCGGGGGCGUGCCCGGCCGGUCUACAGUGCAGUCAGGGCGGCUGUGCCACAACCUGCCAUCCCUACCUACCCAGGUGUGAUGGCCUAUCAGGAUGGCUUUUACGGUGCAGCUGAUCUCUAUGGUGGCUAUGCAGCGUACCGUUACGCCCAGCCAACUGCAGUAGCGACUCCUGCGGCAGCGGCAGCUGCAGCAGCAGCUUACAGUGACAGCUAUGGACGAGUUUACACGGCAGACCCCUACCAUGCUGCGCUCGCCCCAGCCGCCUACGGUGUUGGAGCCAUGGCCACACUGUACAGGGGAGGCUACAGUAGAUUUGCCCCUUACUAAAGACACUACAUUUCCCAGGAGCUCCUCUCUUCCAUUGAAUUUCUCUGAAAGAGCUCCCUCUGUUGUCGUGGAGGUGGACUGCACCCAAUUUUAAAGUGUUGCGUCGACCACAGCAAAGAUAUUUCAGAUCCCACCCCAGAGCAGUCCCACUUUUUCUUAUAUACGCUACUACAGAAAUAGAGGAAUGCUGUAUUAAAGACUGACGGGUGGCCUUUACAUUAAAAAAGAAGGAGAAAAAAAGACUAAAAAUGGCCACCUUCCCUAUUGCACGGCUGUAUUAUAGUCCCCCCUUCUUAUUCCCUCGGCACUCAGCAGCACAAGACUCGGGAUGGAGCCCAGAUGUUCUUCCAAAGGCUGUAUGUGGAUAACUGACAUUUAAAUAGCUGUCAACCAUGUGUGAGAACGAGCUGAGUUCUGUGAGGCCUGCACACACACCAUUAAAGGAAAAAGAGAGGGAAACAAGCAAUCAAAGCGUCCACAAAACGUCGGAGCGGUAGGAAGCAGGAAGGUGCAUCGAAGGAGCACCUAAAGAAACAUUUUGAACAAGAAUGACGAGUCACUAAAAUUAUUUUAAAAAAAAACAAACACCCACUGAUGGAUUUUUAUAAUUCCUCCUUAAUGUGGGCGGGUAGUAACGAGAGAAGAUUUCCAUUCUUGCUGUGUUCUGGUAGUGGGGGACUGAACACGGCAGCUUGGAGAGAUGAUGUGACGGUUUAUAACGCUACAGUAAUCACGUCCGAAAGCUGAAGGAGGGAGGGUUAUUAGAGCUAUUCCUUACCUCAAGUUUUCUUAGUAUGUGGAAAUGGUGAACCUUUAAACUUAAAAUUGUUAUGAUAUGCAAAGAUAUUAGUUUAGAGAAAAAAGUUACCAAAUUAUUAUUAUUAUUGUUGUUGUAAUUAUUCUCAUUCUUAUUAUUUUGUUUGACUCAGCAGCCACUGCUGUCAUGGGACAUGUAGAUCCAACAGUGAACCUUGGGGUUAAAAAUCAGAAAAUGAGCAUCUUUAUUAACAAUAUUCCAGUUUUGACUUUAUAAGACUCCACUUUAGUCUCACAUCAUCCUUCUCACGCACAGGAUUUCACUAAACUCUGUGUGCAGCCACCACUAAACACUACAAAAUGUUUUAACACUACCCUUUUCUUCUUGAAUUAAUUUUAGCUUUAGAUCCAAACUGAAUCAUCCACUCACAACCCUGGGGUUCAAGUACUUGCUGAUCCUUUAAUGUAGAGAUUUUUAUUAUUUGGAUUUUCCCCUCAUGCUCGAUCUUUUGUAGAGCAAAGUCCAACAUUGAAUGAGUCUUCCUAAAACAUACUUUAGUUGGUAAUUGUGUUCGAGAUGCUGCCAGCGGCAAUUACUGAGCAAGAGAGACAUUCUGUCAGUGAGUUAUUAGAAAAUAUUUAAAUGCAAAACACCUUACUAUUGUGCAUAUUUCUAUACCGUUGUAUUCUAUAUUUCCAAAACGUGGCUUUUUUUGGGGCUUUUGUUUUUGUUCCAAAGAUUUGUAGAAAGCACAUUUUUCUGCUGUAUGUAUAAAUAUUAUUAUCUUUGUUAUUGUUAUGAUCAUAAUCCUAUUGCUGUCUUUAUUUACUUCUUCUGUUCAUCUUUUUUAUAUCUAAGUUGUUGUUCCUUCUCCAGUAAGGUGCAAGUUCAAUUUUAAGUUUUUGCUUUGGAGUAAAGAUCUUCAAGCAGAGCGCGUACCUGAAAGGUAUGCAUGUAACACUACCAAACGUUUGCCCUCUUAGUUAAAUAUUCAGUCAAUCCAGGCUACGGUUUUAUUUGUAUUUGUUUUGAGUUGAUUUAUAUAAUCCACUAGCAUGACAUAUGAUUAUAAUUCAAAUUAUACAGGAACAGAUGGAAUUUUUUUUUUGUUGUUUGUGUGUCCAUAUUUUGAAGGUGACUGAGACAUUUGGGAUGAAUGAACAUAGGACUUUAGUGCUUUUGGUUAAAACCAAAUGUGUUCCUUUCUUUUUGAGGUUUUCCGUUUAUUUGAAUAUAUAUAUUUUUUUAAAGCAGACUCCUUACAUUUCAGUGGUUAAAUCUGUCAGCUUGGUCGCUCCAGGUUUGUUUGAAGGUAUCCAGUGUUAUCUCUCAUACAUAAACAGGUUAAUGUUCCAACAUUAAUAAAAAAAACAAAAUGUCAUUGUGGGAUAUGAUCUGGGUUGUGUGUUAAAUGGGCCAGUUAUGUUUUGGGGUUUUUUGGGGGUUUUUUUUCCCCCACCAUAACUAAUUUCAAAGCGUUUCCAUUAUGUUUUCCAUUUCUCACAGUUAGAAAAACAUCAGGUCAACAAGAUGUUUGUGUUUUUUCUUUCUUUUAAAUGUGCUGCUGUUAGAUUUUCUCAUUACAUUUAACAUUUCUUUUUAAAUAUAUAUAAGUUACUAGAAAAGUGCUCCGGACAAAAUGUGUGUGGGGGGGAAAGAAACCUAGCCAAAGAUGCUAACUAAUAGUCCCCAGCACGUUCUGGUUCCCAACUUGAGAAGUGCUACACAAAAUACGCAAAGAUGGACUUACAAAGCCACUGAAGGCAUGGACAAACCAGCAUGAGCGAUAAUUGUCAAGUAAAAAAAAAAAAAUGUUUUGCAUGAAUCUUGUGUCUUUCAUAUUUGACUCCUGAGCAGCAGAGCCCAGUUGCGUUGUUCUUUACCACUAAACUCUUUGGAGAACGAUAGGCAGCUAGCAGUUUGAAGCUAGCAAACACAACAAAGAGCACAGUGCUGUUUGACAAAAAGGCCUGAUGACAAACAAAAUGGCUGCCGCACAAACGAACACGUGGCAGCUUAAUUUUCCUGUCACGGUUUUCUUGCCACUGUAUUAUAGUAAACUAUGUGGCCAUUCUUCAUAGUUGCUAUGAUUUCACAAUGAUCAGUCCCCUCCCUUUGUCAUGUCUAUAUCCUCCUCGACUGCCAUUAUGUUUUUUUGUUAUUGAAUGUCCACAAAAUGUUUUAUAUAAAAAUGUUUUGUUGUGA